UUUGCUAUCGAUAAAAGUCCUCAGCAGACGACAGAGUGAAGUCAAACCAUUUUCUCGCAAAUAAUCAGUUAGACUCCAUCCUGCCAUCAUGAAGGUUUCUGUGAUCAUCGCAUGCUUGGCCAUUGUGCCUUUCAUCGUAGCCCAGGCUGCUCCUGUAGCCGAGGAGGAGGAAGCAUACGACCCAAUUGCAUAUAUCGCCAACGUAAUCAAGGAAAAGACCCAGCAGGCCUUAGACUUAGUGCAGGAGGGUCAUGCUAAAGUGAACGAUUUGUUUACCAGCCUAGAGAUACCAGCCAUCCCGGGCCAGGACCAGUACCCAUCUGUUGAACAAAUUAAAGCACAGUUGGAUGGCCUAACAGAGAAUAUCGAUACCCUAGCUGAGAACAUCAAAGAACGUGUUCAGACUGCCAUUGAUGGACUCAACUUUGACCAAUUUGACUUAGACGGUGAACCCGAACCCGGUAGUGAGCCAGAACCAAACAGCGAGCCAGAACCAGAACAACCUACAUGGUCUUGGCCUUGGUGAUUCCAUCUUCAGGAAUAAAUUCCUCAGAUGCCACCUCUAAUAAUUUAAUUGAAUAGUAUGCGCCUCAUUGGCAGUUUGGUCCAGAUUCUCGCGGAGAUAACUACAACAAACGCAACUUCAUCACGAUCGAUCCUCAUGAAUCACACUUUGUUGUCUGCUUGUUACAAAGAGGGAAUUAUACAAUUACCAUUCCUUAUUUUGAUAUAUAAAACAUAACUUUGUGACGCCACAGGGUAAACGUCUUUUAAUGAUCGCCAUGUUAGCUAUUUUGGAACAAGAUUAUUUAUUACGGAUAGUGAAAUUUGAUAAGAUAUGAUAAUGUGUUGAGCAAUAAAUUUUGUUUAAAUUUCCA